GGGGCCGGCGGCAGGAUGGGGUCGCGCAGGGACCCCGGCCGCGGCUGGGGCUCGGGCGGGCGCUCCGGGGCGGGCGGCGACGGCGACGACGACGGGCCGGUGUGGAUCCCCAGCCCGGCCAGCCGCAGCUACCUGCUCAGCGUGAGGCCCGAGACCAGCUUAUCAAGCAGCCGGUUGUCUCACCCCAGCUCUGGAAGGAGCACCUUCUGCUCCAUCAUUGCUCAGCUAACCGAGGAGACCCAGCCGCUAUUCGAGACCACGCUCAAGUCCCGGGCUGUGUCCGAGGACAGCGACGUCAGGUUCACCUGCAUCGUCACAGGGUACCCAGAGCCAGAGGUGACCUGGUACAAGGAUGACGUGCAGCUGGACCGCUACUGUGGCUUGCCGAAAUAUGAGAUCAUGCAUCAGGGCAACCGCCACACGCUGCAGCUCUACAGGUGCCAGGAGGAGGAUGCGGCCAUCUACCAGGCGUCCGCCCGGAACACCAAGGGCAUCGUGUCCUGCUCGGGGGUCCUGGAGGUCGGCACCAUGACCGAGUACAAGAUACACCAGCGCUGGUUCGCCAAGCUGAAGCGCAAGGCGGCGGCCAAGAUGCGCGAGAUCGAGCAGAGCUGGAAGCCCCGCAAGGACGCGGCCGCCGAACCCGAUGCGCUGCGGAAGCUCAGCCCCGACCGCUUCCAGCGGAAGCGGCGGCUGAGCGGGGCCGAGCCGCCCGCCCCUCCCGGGCCCCCCGGGGCGGCCGAGGACGCCACCCCCGUGGCGUGGCAGGCGGAGGACCCCGAGCCCCCUGGGCACCCGGCUCUGGGCCUGAUCAACAGCUUUGCCCCCGGGGAGGGGACCACCAACGGCGAGGCCACCCCCGAGAACGGGGAGGAUGGGGGGCACGGCCUCUUGACCUACCUCUGUGAGGCCAUGGAGCUGGCGCCCCAGAGAGCCCCCCAAAAGGAGUCUGCGGCCAAGAAGAAGAAGAAAGACGAGGAACCUAAGCAAGGUCCGCGGCAGCCAGAGUUCGAGAAGGCGGCCGGAAGCCACCGUUCUCCUGACGCGCGGGCCCCGAGGUCGGGCAAGCCUGACCCCUCGGGGACACCGGGGCCCGCGGACGUGGGGCCGGUUCAGGCCCGGCCCGGAGGCCGCGCGGCCCGGGGGCCCGGGUCCUCGGGAGCGGCUGGCGCCAGGAAGCCGGCGGCCGAGGUGGGCGCUCCGGGCCAGGCCCCGACGGCGCCCGUGGGCGCGGCCCGGGAAGGGUAUUUCUCCCUGAAGGACGUGUAUCUGGAGAGCACCCGGGCGGGGAGGCCUCCGGGGGACGACGGGCCCCAGACCUCAGGUGGCGGGGCACCCGGACAGCUGUCCUCGGAGAAGGCGCCCGGCGACGCUGGGGGUGAGGGGGGGCCCGCCGCCCCUGGCCAGCCCGCGACCUCAGCCCCGCAGCCAAACAGGCCUCUCUACAGGAGGCGGUUUGCCCCCGCGAAGCCCCGAGGGGAGCCUGCGGCCGGCGGCGGGCCGGAGCCCUCCCCGGGCCAGGCUCCAGAACCCUCAGGCAAGCCAUCGGCUCAGGCCUCUGCCCAAGUGCCCACGCCCCCGGCCCGGCGGAGACACGGCCCCCGCGACGGCCCCCUGCAGGGGCGAGGAGGCCACAGGACUCCAGGAGAGGUCCCGGAAUCCCAGGCGAAGCCGGCUCCGGCCGUGCUGGCCCGCAGCGCUGGCACGGCCUCUGCUGGUCACAGCUCCCCCAGAAGCCAGGGCGCCGUUGAACCCAUGGACACGGAGAGCCACGCGGAUCAGAGGACGGUGUCUGCGGCCCAGCAGGCUAGAGGCGAGAAGAGUACAGAGGCGGAUGGGAAGAUGCAGGUGGCUGGGAGGACCCGGAGGACACAGGCAGAUGGGGAGCCACAGGUGGACACCGCACCACGAGGCGGUGGGAGGACAGCGUCAGCCGCGAGUCCCCAGGACGAUGCGGUGGCACAGGGAGGGGCAGGGACACAGGGGGAAAGGACGCGGGAAGACAGGAAGAUGCAGGCAGACAGAAGGAUCCAGGAGGACAAGGAGACAUGGCCAGAGGGGAGCACUGCCCCAGCCACAGAAGGUCAGGCAGAGAAGGGACCCGUGACCAGCCUCAGCCCACAGUCCAGACCCCCUGAGCGCCCAUCUUCAGAGGGUCCGUGGUCUCCUCAGAUUAUUGAGUGUUUUGAGCAGAGCCCAGAAGGGUCCUCUGUCCCGGAAGAACCUGGUUUUGUGCUCAGCUCUGACGAGGCGGCAGUCACAGCGCCCCGGAGCUACAAGAUGGCUGUGCUGGGUGGCCCGGCAGGUGGCUCUGAGCUCCCAGCUCAGCGGCCUCCCCGGGGGGGUUUGGAGCAGCCAGAAGGGGCGAGGCGCCAAGGGCCCGAGUGGUCAGGCAUGGGCAAGGGCAAGCCGGAGGAUGGCCUCGUCCCAUGCCCCAAGGAGGAGCAGCUGGGGACAGUGCCAUCCAUGGAUGUAGGUGGCUGUCCUCCGGCUGGCGGGAGCCCAGAGGGGCCCACUCCGCCCUCUCUCCCGGGGCUGGGCCUGACCCAGAGCCCUCAGGAGGCGCUGCCCAGCACUCCGACCUCUCCGCGCCUAAGCACCACCACCUUCGCGCCCUCCGGGGACCAGACCUGGCUGGGGUCAGCCCUGCCACUGCACCUGGGGCCAGGGACCCCCGCCCAGAGUCCCCCACAAGCAACCGCGGCAGCCAGCAGUGAGGGGGCCGGCGCCCAGGGGCCAGAUGUGGAGGGGAGGCCCCCAGGACCCCGCAGCUGCGACCCCGGCCUCAUCGACUCCCUGAAGAACUACCUGCUCCUGCUGCUGAAGCUGUCCAGCACAGAGACGGGGGGCGGGGACACAGAGUCCCGGGAGGGGGCUGCCAGCAGGGGCCCGACGCCCUCACCCACGCUGGCCCCCAACGUGGAAGUGGCUGGUCUGAGCCCCAGGACGUCCAGGCGCAUCCUGGAGCGCGUGGAGAACAACCAUCUGGUGCAGAGCGCGCAGACCCUGCUGCUGAGCCCCUGCACCUCCCGCCGCCUCACCGGCCUCCUGGACCGUGAGGUGCAGGCCGGCCGCCAGGCCCUGGCCGCAGCCCGGGGUCCUGGCCCCAGCCCCCUCGCCGUCCCUGCCAUCGUGGUGGGCGAGGAGGAGGGCCCUGGGCUGGCCUCCGAGGGAUCCAGUGAGGGUGAGGGAGAGGUUUCCCUCGAGGGCCCUGGGCUUCUGGGCGAGUCCCAGGAGAGCAGCAUGGAGGGGCUGCCGGGGGGCUCAGGGGGACCCACGGCCUCGGGGCAGGGACCAUCCUCAGCAGAGAGAGGGGCCCAGGAAGCCCUCCGAGAGGAGGAGGCCCCCGGGGAGGCUCUGACAGGUCUCCCUGCAGCCACCCCCGAGGAGCUAGCCCUGGGGGCCCGGAGGAAGAGGUUCCUCCCCAAGGUCAGAGCCGUAGGGGAUGGGGAGGCAGCCAAGCCGGAAGAAAGGGAGAGCCCCACAGUUUCCCCCCGAGGGCCCAGGAAGGGCCUGGCGCCCGGCUCCCCGGGGACUCCCGGGCGGGAGAAACGCUCCCCUACCCAGGGCCGGAAGGCAGGCCUGCUGGAGGUGCCACGGGCCGAGGAGGAGCCCGCAGCGGGAGCCAGCGGCCUGGACACGGAGCCGGCCCCAGACGAAGGCAAGCAGGACACCCCGGCCAAAGCCAGGAAGGCCAAAGAGCUGCUAAAAGCCCCACAGGUGAUCCGGAAGAUUCGGGUGGAACAGUUUCCUGAUGCCUCCGGCAGCCUGAAGCUCUGGUGCCAGUUUUUCAACAUUCUCAGUGACUCCGUCUUGACAUGGGCCAAGGACCAGCGCCCAGUGGGCGAGGUGGGCAGGAGUGCAGGGGACGAGGGCCCGGCAGCCUUGGCCAUCGUGCAGGCGUCCCCCGUGGACUGCGGCGUGUACCGAUGCACCAUCCACAACGAGCAUGGCUCGGCCUCUACGGACUUCUGCCUCAGCGCCGAGGUGUUGUCAGGAUUCAUCACCAGAGAAGAAGGUGAAGUUGGAGAGGAGAUUGAGAUGACUCCCAUGGUGUUCGCGAAGGGUCUGGCCGACUCAGGCUGCUGGGGGGACAAGCUCUUUGGGCGCCUGGUGAGCGAGGAGCUACGAGGGGGUGGACACGGGUAUGGCCUUCGGAAGGCGUCCCAAGCCAAGGUCAUCUAUGGGCUGGAGCCCAUCUUCGAGUCAGGCCGCACGUGCAUCAUCAAGGUGUCCAGCCUGCUCGUGUUCGGGCCCAGCAGUGAGACCUCUCUCCUGGGCAGAAACUACGACGUCACCAUCCAGGUACCGUGCCCCAUCCCCUUCCUUCCUUCCGCUCUUACCCCUCCUCCCCUCCCUGGCUCGGGUCCUGUUGGCAGGAUCCUCCCGCUGUACCUCAUCUACCGGCCUGCAAACAGUGUCCCGUAUGCGACCCUGGAGGAGGACCUGGGCCGGCGCCUGCAGCCCUACUGCUCGCGGGAAUGGGGCUGUGCCGCGGCUCCGGAGGCGCCUAGCAGCUCUGAGGUCAGGCAGAAGUGCCAGACCUUCCAGCACUGGCUCUAUCUCUGGACAAACGGCAGCUUCCUGGUCACGGACCUGGCAGGGGUUGAUUGGAAGAUGACUGAUGUGCAGAUUGCUACCAAACUACGAGGAUACCAAGGCCUCAAGGAGAGCUGUUUCCCCGCCCUGCUGGACCAGUUUGCCUCUUCCCACCAGUGCAACACCUUCUGCGAGAUGCUGGGGCUAAAACCCCUCAAGGGCCCCGAGCCCGCCCACCCUCAGGCCAAGGCCAAAGGCUCCAAGAGUCCGUCUACUGGCAGGAAGGGCGGCCAGCUGAGUCCUCAGCCCCAGAAGAAAGGCCCCCCCAGCCCCCAGGGCACCCGGAAGAAUACUCCAGGCUCCAAGGCCACCCCUCAGGCCUCAGAAGCACUCACCGCCCAUUUCCUGGGACAGCCUCCCAUCGCAGAGGGCGGCCCCAAGGCCCAGGGCAUACGGUAGCCCCCACGAGAGGCUGGGGGCCGCCACCCAGCAGCAGACCAACAAGGAAGCAGCUCGAACCGCUGGAGACUUGCCCAAUACGGAACUAAGCAGAGAAGGUGCGCUGGGGAGGCACCAUUCGGGGGCCUCUCCUCAAUCUGCUCCUCAUCCGACGGCUUUUGUGCGUGGCACCCAGUGGCCUCUCCUGGUGCCAGCAUCACCCAUGGCUCCCAGGCUGCACCCCCAAGUGCCUGGCGGCUCAGGCCCUCCUUCAAGUUUACACUGGCCACUGCCGGAGGCGCCCGUGUCCUGUGCAUGAGCUCCGCCCCCAGCCCCCAGCCCCGUGGGACUGCCAUGAAUGUUGCACCCGGGGGCAGCCUUCAGCCUUUUUCCUUUGCUUGGCCUCCAGCCGUCCUCGGGGCUCCGGACGGCCCUCCGUGCCGUGCCUGGCCCGGUGGCUCUCAGGGUGUCUUCUCUUUCCAGCAACUCGGCCUCAUUCUUCCCAGCUUGUCUUGCAACUAACCUGUCACUGAGGCCGGAUGGGGCUCAGUGCCCUUCCAGAGCCUGUCGCGUUCCUGUGCCGUGGUCUUUGGUGACGUGUGUUUGCACCUUUCCUACUCCAAGCACGCAGGCACUCACCCCUGCUUCCUCUGCUACCUGGCCCCCCAUCUCCAUCCCCAGCUGUGAGCCAGGCCACAGCCUGCUGCCUUGCCUCCGCUGCCUCUCUGCGUGUCCCCAUGCCCAGGGGCUCCACCAGCCAGAUUACACGCCCUCCCCACCAGCCCACCCUCCCCUGCCUCUCCUAGGCCCCUCGCCCAAGAGACGACAAGUGGCAUGAGAGUUGUGUCAUCGGCUGUGGCCAGAGGGGAGGUGUUGACUUGGAGGGACCUUGUGCCCCAAACCGAAAGGAGAUGCAGUCACAGUGAAUUUCACAACCCUCUAGACUGGGGGUGGAGGGCUAGGCCCUUCUCCGUGGGGUAGUACCCUUGCGAGUCCUAGGGAGAGCAAGGUCCACCCGCGUGCUGGAGUGGGGGGAGUCUCUGUGCCUGGGAACCAGGACGCCUACCCCCAGCCCUUAGCUCUCGAUCCUGGGGCUCCCGAGGAAUUGCUGCGCUCAGCCCAGCACCCUGGGUCCUUCCCGAGGGCCCCUCCCUGAGGCCUGGGGUGGGACGGGUCUGGUGCUAGCCUGCUCCCCUUGGAAUGCAAUAAAGGCAGCAACUGUGUACCCUGCUUGCCCUUA